AACGUCUUCAAACAAGGUAGAUCAUAAAGUGAUACAUUUUUUAACUUUGUUUCAGAACCAGUAUCCAUUUUUCAUCAAGAACCGCCAAGGGUUUUUCCAAAUUUUAUGGAGCAAGACAAUUCACAUUUGUUAAACAUGUUUGAAACAUUUCACUGUCAGCAUUGUUCAAAUGUUUAUAAUGAUAAACACAAUUAUAGAAAGCAUCUUUGCGAAUCUCAUGGACACUUAAUGCCUUUCUGUUGCAAAAUUUGUGGGAAGGGUAGCUUCAGCCGUCAAAAUUUGAUAUUUCAUAUGCAGGGCCAUGAAGGCAGGACAUUUGUCUGCCCAGUCUCUAACUGUAGUGCAAAGUUCAAGUUAAAACAUCAUCUUAUGCGUCAUGUUAGAACACUUCAUUCUUUGCAUCAAUGCUCCAAGUGUCUGUCAGUAUUUAGAGAAAGUCACAUUUUUAUUGGACAUUUAUCCACUUGUAAAAAUACUUCUGUAUAGCUAGCUGUUAAAUUGUACAGCAGACAGUUUAAACAUUAAAUGGUAU